AUAAAGCUUUUGGUUUCCCACUUGGUGUGCUCCUCUCUUUGUUCCCUAUCUCAAGCUUCUCUCUGCCUUGUUCCUGUCAAGGUUUUCUUGAACUGGGCUUCAAAAAUAGUUAUUCAAUCUUUAGCAGCUGGAACUCGUGUGCAAAAGUGAAGGGUUUUUGAGCUCCGUGUUUUAAUGGGUUCGUGCUUUAGUGCUAGAGUUAAAGCUGAGAGUCUUCCUUGUAAUGGGUUGAACACAAAAUACGCUGGCAGAAGUGGCAAUGACAGGAGUGGGUCAAGCAGCAAGGUAUCAUCUUCUACAGUGCCUUCAACUCCUCGGACACAGGGUGAGAUCUUGCAGUCCUCCAAUUUGAAGAGCUUUUCCUUUAAUGAAUUAAAAGCAGCUACCAGGAACUUCCGUCCAGAUAGUGUGUUGGGCGAAGGUGGUUUUGGUUGCGUGUUCAAAGGGUGGAUUGAUGAGCAUUCAUUGACAGCUGCCAAGCCUGGAACAGGCAUUGUCAUUGCUGUAAAGAGGCUUAGCCAAGAGAGUUUCCAGGGUCAUCAGGAAUGGUUGGCAGAAAUCAACUACCUGGGCCAGUUGUAUCAUCCAAAUCUAGUGAAAUUGAUCGGCUACUGCUUAGAAGAUGACCACCGGCUUUUGGUUUACGAGUUUAUGCCCAAGGGCAGCUUGGAGAAUCAUCUAUUCAGAAGGGCUUCUUAUUUUCAACCACUCUCAUGGAAUCUCCGCAUGAAGGUUGCCCUUGGUGCUGCCGAGGGUUUAGCAUAUCUUCACAGUGACAAGGCGAAAGUUAUAUAUAGAGACUUUAAGGCAUCUAAUAUCCUGCUCGAUUCGAGUUAUGGGGCCAAACUCUCUGAUUUUGGGUUGGCCAAGGAUGGGCCAACAGGCAGUAAAAGCCAUGUAUCUACAAGGGUCAUGGGUACCCACGGCUACGCAGCUCCUGAAUAUAUGGCAACAGGUCAUCUAACAGCAAAAAGUGACGUGUACAGUUUUGGGGUUGUUCUCCUUGAAAUGUUGUCUGGCAGACGAGCUAUAGACAAAAACAGGCCCUCCAAGGAACAAUAUUUAGUUGAAUGGGCGAGGCCUUACCUUAGCAGUAAGCGGAGAAUUUUCCAAGUCAUGGAUGCUCGCAUCCAAGGCCAGUAUUCAUCGAGUGACGCUCUCAAAGCGGCAAAUCUUGCAAUCCAAUGUCUAUCAGCAGAACCAAGAUAUAGGCCAAACAUGGAAGAAGUGGUAAAAGCAUUGGAACAACUUCACAAUUCCAAUAACAAUGAUGGAUCCAGGGGCUCUCGCGGUGAAAUCCCCCGAAGAGUUCAUCGAAGUUCAAGCAAUGGUCCUACAUAUCAUAGGAAAAAUGAAGUAUCCAAUGGAAAACCUGCCUCUUAUGCAGGGCCAUGUGUUUCACCUCUUCGUACAUAAAGGGGGAAAAUAAUCCAGUAUAUGCUUUACAUUGUAUAUUGAUCCAAGGAAACUACAGAUUUAUUUUAACGAGUGUUAUAUCCUGUAAAGCAUGGAAUGCAGCCCAUGACAGUUACUGUACAGUUCUUCAAUUCCAAAACAUCUAAAUAUGACAGCUUUUUUUUACCUA